AAACGAGAACGAGGCAGGUACACAAGGAAGGACGUUGGCCAUUGUUGUCCAGAGUCAGGCUCGGCGCGACGGCGCGCUGAGCAACCACACAAACGGGUUGAACAUUGCUCCUGUCUAACGCUACUACCUGGAAGCAUGCGUUUCUUCUGCGAUGGCCACUCUCAAAGAACAUGACCAUUGUUAUGCAAUGGCUGGGAACCUGGAAACAAACACUGUCAAAUACCGAGAGGGACGUUCACCACAGACCGCCAGCAGGCGAUCAAGGGAGCUCACCCAGUCACAGUGUGCAAGGCUGCACACCACAGGGGUUCUGGUGAGAGCAGUACAUACAACAAGAUUGUACAUUGAUGUCAGAGACGACCAGUGGCCUAUUGUGUACUGCAGUGACUACAACAUUAGUUUCUUGGGCUUAGAAAAGCUACAUCCAUUUGAUGCUGGAAAAUGGGGACGUGUCAUUGAGUUUCUUAAAAAGGCAGGAAUGGUACGGGAUGACACAUUGGUGGUGCCUGUUGAGGCCAGUGAGGAAGAUCUAAGGGUGGUGCACUCAUCAGGCUAUCUCUCUAGUUUAAAGCUCACAAGUAUUGUUGAAGGAAUAACAGAGUGGAGUAUCACUGUUGCGGGAAUCACUGAGGUUCCUCCAGUGGCGCUGCUUCCCAAUUUUAUUGUACAGAGAAAAGUUCUUAGGCCUUUGCGUUUUCAAACAGGGGGUACCAUUCUGGCAGCCAAGCUAGCUGUGGAGCGUGGGUGGGCACUGAAUGUUGGUGGUGGAUUCCACCAUUGCUCUGCAGACAAAGGGGGUGGAUUCUGUGCAUAUGCCGACAUUACCUUGGCAUUGCGCUUCCUUUUUGACCGGGUUGAAGGCAUUGCAAAGGCCAUGAUUGUUGAUCUAGAUGCUCAUCAGGGAAAUGGCCACGAACGAGACUUUAUGAAUGAUGAGCGUGUUUACAUCAUGGAUGUCUUUAACAGAGGGAUUUAUCCACAUGAUGGUUUUGCAAAGAGAGCGAUUAGGAAAAAGGUGGAGUUGGAACACUUCACUGAUGACAGAGAAUAUCUGCAUAAAGUGCACAAGCACCUGGAAGAAGCGCUCGUUGAGUUUACACCUGAUAUCCUUUUAUAUAAUGCUGGCACAGACAUAUUGGAUGGCGAUCCACUGGGCUGUCUUUCCAUUUCACCGCAGGGCAUCAUAGAAAGAGACCAGAUUGUCUUUGAGAAAGCUCGUGCCAGAGGAAUCCCUAUUUUAAUGGUGACGAGUGGAGGCUAUCAACGUGCAACAGCUCGGAUUAUUGCUGACUCCAUUCUUAACCUUCAAGAACUCAAGCUUAUCAGUUGUGAUGAAGCUGAGCAGUCCCACUCUUCAUCAUCAGUGUUGGAGAGUAACAAGCUUGGGGCCCUUCCGCGCAGUCGCAGUGAGAGUUUGGUGUCACGACUACGCAGCUGUGUGUCACAUUCCUCGACGUCCCAAGACCUGAACAAAGAGGACGAGAGAUAUUCUGUUGACAAGCCGGAUUCACUAAAUGACAAAGGCUAGCUUUAAAAAGAAUGUUGAAUGUAUUUCUUCAAGUGACUUACUUUCUCUGUUGACUGUAAGGUCUAGCGCAUUGUUAAAGAAGAGUCAAACCAAAAGCAACGCAGAAUUACACAUUGGAAAAUCUGUAACUGUGAAUACUAAGGUCAGUACUAGGAGAUGGAGAUACAUAGAGGAGGAGGAAGAGCAAUGUGGAUUUAUUUUUUAAAAAAGGACUUAAAUGGGCUUAACUUUAGGAUGGGAAGUGGAUAGCCAAGUGAUUAGAGCACUGGUGUCUGAACUGAGGCAUGAUUGACACCCAUAUGGUAGAGCUAACUUUCCUCAGUUGAUCAAGCUGUUGGAAAUAGGUACCUGACUUCAGAGGGUUGGGGAAGGUAGGGCAGAGAGGGAGAGAGAGACAUGGCCAUGAGAAAAGUGAGGUCUCUAACAUCUCAUUCCCCAUGAGACCUGAAAAAUGGUUAGGGAAUGACCUUUAGGAUAGGUUUUGGAGAAAAAUAAAAUGAUAAUUAACUGAUAAAGAAAAAGCAAUAUUUAAGCAUAGACAUACAGUUGGUGUUUUAUUUUUAAAAUGUAUAUGCCAACAAGAUAAUAAGAAAUAUAAACAAUUAUUAGGCUAUUUAGAACUUUGGAGUCUUGAGUGUGGAAGGUAAAGUGCAGUUUUAACAGUUCAGAUGCAUUUAAACACUAGUUUCAAUUAUGCUGCCUGUUGGAAAUAGCAUGCUUUGUAUAUUCAGGUUCAGAAGUGGGUGUCAUAAUUAAGUGGCACAUAGUAGUCAUAAUAAAGGUUGUUUUUAUAGUGCCAUAUCCCAGACCUACAAGCUCAUGGUGCUUUAAAAAUUAUGCUAAUUAUAACAAUAACAAUAAUAAUCAUGAUAGGGAGAAAAUGAAGAAGCCAAGGCAACAAGAAAGAACAGGGGAUAAUAUGUGGAAAUGGGAAUAAUAAUGUGUAGUGCUGUGUGAUUAAUAACUGAAUGAGUAAUAGUACUCCAUUAUCCAACAAGCAAAUGAAAUUAAAAUAAAUGCAUAAAUUAUGGGGGGAAAAACUUGGAGACAGAAGAAAAUGGAAGACCAGAUUUGUCUGACUCGCCUGGCGACACAUUUCACCAUCAAAGAUUUAGAGUUUAGAUCUGCAGUUGUCAUAGGAGAAGUCAUUAGAAAGAUCAAGAAUGCUGAGGAUAAACUUCCACAGGUCUCACAAGCUGUAGACAGUUUUGCUGUUAAUAUUAAUAGUACCUGGAAAGUGAGAAGCCGAUUAUUCUGCAUUUCUUCUGUACCUAAAACUGCCAUUCAAGACAUCUGUGACAUUUUAACAACAAAAGUAACCGAGCUCAUUCAAAGAAUUAAGCUAAAUUUGGUGAAGCUUAAUGCUGAUUAUUGUAAGUUAGGUUAACCGAAAUAAUUUGGCUAUCCUCCAGUAAUUUAAGUUAAUACUAUAAAGAUAGUUUGUAAACUUGCAACAAGUGCAGGUUUAAUUGGAGUAAAUGUUUUUUGAAGUGCAAUAUUUGCUCACAAAUCUGUUUCUACAAAUUCCGAUUAUUUUGGUACACCAGUGUUAAGGGGAAAUACUUUUUUUUAUCAAAGACAGCAAGUAAAUCAUGAAAUGUAUUUUGGGGGUGAAGGAUGCUUUGGAAUGUAAUGAAACUUGUCAACAACAAAAAAGAAACAAGCAAGUGCAUGCACAUACAGAACAUUUGAAGCAUUAAGUGCUUUCUUUUUAUAGUGGGGAUGCUGUUUACAAAGUAUCACAAUCUUAUCAUCCAUCAAGUUUGUUGCUUGUCCAGAAUGUCUGGGAUUUUUUUGUGUGGCUGUCUAUUUUAUUAUGUAAAUAAACACUGUAAUCAAAUGA